CUCACACACACACAAAACCACUACAGGCAUCCAUCACGAUUCCUUGCCUACGCCUCCUCAUGGCGGCUGCCACCGGCGCCAAGCAGCAGCAUCCGCACCCAGCUCCACCACCGGGGGCAACGGUGGUGGACCCCAAGUUCGAGUGGGCGGAGAAGGCCGGCACCUACGUGCUCCGCCUCACCCUGACCGGCUUCAGGAAGGACGACUUCCGGGUGCAGGUCGACGGCGCGGGCCGGCUCACCAUCCGCGGCACCAGGCCGGGCGCCUCCCUCCACAAGGUCUUCCAGCUGCCCUCCGCCGCCAGCCUCGACGACAUCGCCGGCCGCUUCGAGGCCGGUGUGCUCACGCUCACCAUGCCCAAGCGUGCCGGUGCGCCCAAGGAGGAGGGUGCGCCAACAGAGCAGGUCGACGGCGACGGGAAGAGGAGAGACGCCGGCGGUGAGAAGAAGGUGCCUGAACCCGCACCUUCCGGUGAUGCGGCUCCCACAUCCAUCGAGGAGAUCAGAACGAAGCCCAAGGAAGAGCAGCAGAGGCCGAAGAAGGAAAAAGAACUGGAGCCCAAGGCUCCCCAGGCGGCAGCAGCUGCGCAGACACCGGAGAAGCAAGCACCGAAUCCAACCUCCAGCGACAAGGCCAUGGCGGCGGUUGACCGGGAGUGCCUGGCAGAGACGGUGAGGCGACGCGGCGAGGAAGAGAGGGCCAAGGCUGCUGCGGCGGCGACGGCCAUGGAAGCUAGAGCAGAGCAGGAGAAGAAGGCGGCGGCCACGGCGUGCAGCCGCUGGAAAGAGCGCAUGACGGAAGGCCUGGGGCAGCUGACGGACAUGAAGUGGGCGGAGAGCGCAAUGGAGAUGGCGAGGAAGAACAAGGAGGUGGUGGCCGUCGGAGUCGCCGCCUUCACACUCGGCUUCUUCGUCUCCCAGAGGCUCUUCAAGAAGUGAGUAGCUAUAUGGAGCAUGAACAUGUCACAUACACCAACAGUGAGUAAUACGUACGGGCUAGUAUUGUGUGGUUAUAAUGUACAUUGACUGAACAACCAUGUAAAAAGGUAUUUGUGUAUAAUCAAAGUGGGUGUACAUUGAGAACAAA